GUCACCCACUUGCUGACUGCAUGGGGAAGAGAUCGCAUUAUUGCGCGGGGCGGUGCUCUAGCUGUCAUGGCGUCUUUACCAACAACGCGUUUCUACUACGUAGGGAAAAUGUGGUAUUACAUGGGGCUGAAUAUUUUUGGUAGCCAAACCGACGUCAGAUACAAGCCCAGAGCGUACAUAAAUUAUUUUCUUUUCGUGUAUGCUGUGCUCGGAUAUUCAACACAAAUACCCAGUUUAGUGAACAUGGACAAGAUAGACGAUCACAUUCACGACAUCGCAAUACUCCUUACGAUUUCCUACAUGUAUUUCACCUGGAUCUCUGCAACUCUCUACAGGGAAGAAUAUGCGGAGAUAAUCACAUUUUGGAUGCAAGAUUUAAGCAAGCCUUACCUCCACGAAGAUACUGCAAAGAAAAUUAUUUCCAAGGGAAUCCGUAGCGAACGAAUGGUUACAAAAUUAAUCCUUUACUUGUUUGCUACUUCUGCAUCUUCACAGAUUUUGGCCCCUCUCGCCACUUUUCAAGUUUUCCAAGAAGGGAAUAGAACACUUAUAAAUUACACUCUACCACUUCAUAAUUGGACGCCUUUUGAUCGAAUGGUUCCUUGGCAGUUAUUUAUUGAUCAGGUUUUCUUGACGGCCUUGGUUUUGACAGCUACUUAUGUGUCAAUUGUAACCACAAUUUACUUCAUUAUCAUUAUCAUUCACGCAGCAAAUAAUCUUGAAUUGCUUAAUGCAGCAAUUUUAAGUCUGAAGGUGGAACUCGAAAAACGAGAAGAACAAUCCGGCAAACUUUCAGGCAGCCAAAGUUAUAACGGCGACUCAGGAAUGUCAUGCAAUUUAGAUGGAAUGCUCGAUUUAAAAGACUACGAAGAAGACACUGCCUUGAACAAUGACGAAUUCAAAAGUAAAAUGUCUUAUUUACAAAAAUGUGCAGAGACCAAGCUAUAUGAAUUGUUGGCUAUACACCAAGCCGUAUUGGAGUAAGCAUGUGCUGUUAUUUUUCUGUAUUUUUAUUGUAUGCAAUUAUUGUCUUUACUAACACUCUUUUUUUGUCUUUACAGUUUUGUCAACAAGAUGAAUUCUUUGAUGACUCCUGUUCUAUUCUUGUAUUUGUUGGGACUUGCACUAAAUUUUUCCACUCUGCUCUAUGAAACCGUCACGAUGUUUUCAGGUUUUGACGCUGAUUUUUGGAUGUGCGUUUUGCACAUUGGAGCUGACCUUUUCCGAUUCGGCCUUUGCUGCUACUACGGAGACACGCUCACUUCACAGUUGGAAGAAGUAUCCAGGAACCUUUAUUUCACUGACUGGUAUAAACUGACACCGGACUUCAAGAGAGUCACCAAUGUAAUGAUGGCUGUGUCUCAGAGACGAGUUGUUUUAAGUGCCGGACUCCUGGGAGACAUGACACUGGAAACAUUUGCUGCAGUUCUGAACACAUCGUAUUCUUACUUGAAUAUUCUCGCUAAUUUGCAAGAGAAUAAUGCUACGUAAGAUCAUGGUUAGAAAUACACCAGAGUGAGGUAAUAUUAAUUUGUUAAAUGGAUAAAGCACGUAAUGGCAUUAAGUCAAACUUUUCGCAAAAUGCAAAUUUACGGUGUCAGAAGAAUUAUUGCACAUUUUUCUUUGUUGUAUAUUAUACUUUCAUUACGUAUAAGUAUUAAUGUGACAGGAAUAAUUAAACCUACCUCUGAAUUAUUUAGUAUGUAUUUAUCAAUUACUAUAUUUAAAAAAAAAAUUAAGUUCAAUCUGUUGGACAAAUUUGAACGGGCUUGUAUUCUCUCAAGUGUGAACGUUUGUUUCAAGGUUUUAAAUGUAUAUUUUUAGAUUCUUUGUAUAA